CUCGGAAAGCUGUUUAAUUUAUUUUUCCAAAAAAAAAUCUCAAAACCAGUCCUUUCACCCUUACUUUUCUAGAUUGCGACAAAGGCGAAGCAAUGAUAAUGUUCAAAUCCAUUCAUGUGUUAACUCCUGUAAGGUUUCCUAUACAACGUGCCGGUCUGCAGGUCAGCAACUAGAAGAAUAACCCGGAGAGUAUGAGGGAAACAAUUCGAAGAAAACCAACCAGAAGUCGGUGGCAUCACACAGUUUGCUCACAGACGAAAUCUAAGAAAAUACAGUCUAAAUAUUCAUCAACGCGCGACAGCUCCUUACAAAGUAUAAUUUAAAAAUGAUAACGCGCAGAGAUUUUUUUCUUCGUUAAUCUCGUCUGUCCUGUAAUUACUUAGCUAAAGUGAAACUGGUUGAAUGCACCAAUGACAAGCCCGAUUUAGUCAUCUAGUCGAAAUUCAGUUGGUCGAGGUAGUGGCUGAAAGUGAAAUUAGUUCAUGCUAAACAAGUGGCUUUACCAUGGCUUCUCCUAGCUUAGAGCAGAUAGACUUGUGGGAGAAGGAAUAUUCGCCAAGUGAGUGGAGUAAGCGUUUUCCAACGGCCGCUGAAGUAAUUGAUUAUCAUGUAAAGUUUGUUACCAAAGAAAGUGAUAACAAUCGCUCCGAGCUGAAAUAUGACCUGGAUCUGGAGUACGGCAGCGAUGACAGUGACAAAUUCGACAUCUAUGGGGACAAUCUCCCAGAUGAUGCUCCCUUGUUCGUGUACAUUCAUGGCGGCUACUGGCAGAUGUUAAGCAAGAAGGACUCAGCGUACUGCGCUCGACCUCUGGUUGAAAAGGGCUUCCGAGUGAUCAUCAUAGAGUACGAGCUUUGCCCAAAAAUCACCCUCGAGGAGCAGGUUCAGCAAAUAAAAAGAGCCGGAGAGUACUUGCUAAACUAUGCGGAAGAAAAUAGAGUUCAGCAUAUCUCGAUUGCAGGUCACUCGGCAGGUGCCCAUCUGAUAGCGUGCAUGCUCGAUCGCUGCUUCGUGGAAACCGUUGGGGACGAAAUCCAUCUGGUGAAACACGUGCAUCUGAUCUCGGGCGUGUUCAAGCUCGAGGAACUACGCCACACGAAAGCCGUCAACAGUGGGAACCUUCUGGGAUUGGAUGACACCAACACUAGGCUAUUGUCUCCCAUCUAUAGCGACUUUGAACACCUGAAAGGGUUACAGAUGAAAAUACACGUUUAUGUGGCCGAGCACGAUAGCCACGUUUUCAAGCAAAUGUCCAGAGAAAUGUUCGAGCAUUUGCAAAGCUUCGGAUUGGAAACGUCCUUCCUGGUGCUACCGGGGCUGGAUCAUUUCGAUAUUGUGGAGAAAUUGUCCGAAAAAACACAUCUUAUUACAAGUGAAAUAUUGAAAACCAUUUCUAAUCAAUAAAAAAGAGAUUUAAGAAAA